CGCCCGUCAGAACGGUCACGGUGACAGCGCGGGUUCCCAGCUCCUGGUAUCAAAGGCCCUUUAUCACCCUGAUCACUCACCGUCCAACUAUGGCCCAGGCUUUUGCAGACUGAAGCCCAAUCCUGCAGAUGAGGAACUUGGACAUGACCAGGAAGAUCUUCACAAACACUAGGGAACGCUGGAGGCAGCAGAAUGUCAACAGCGCCUUUGCCAAGCUAAGGAAGCUGAUCCCCACUCACCCUCCAGACAAGAAGCUGAGCAAAAACGAAACACUUCGCCUAGCAAUGAGGUAUAUCAACUUCUUGGUCAAGGUCUUGGGAGAACAAAGCCCACAGCAAACAGGAGUAGCUGCUCAGGGAAACAUUUUGGAACUCUUUCCCCAAGGACCCCACCUGCCAGUCCUGGAGGACAGACCUCUAUUUGAUGACUGCAGGGUUUCUUCACCAAGCCCAAGCCAUGGGGUUCCGUAGUGACUACCAGGCCCCCAGGCAGAACUAGUUCAGAAGUCAUGGACUGAGGACCGCCAUUUCACCUCCAGAGUCAACAUGAUGAAUGCUUGGGAGGUAUGACAGGAAGUCACUCAGGGACAGCAGCUGGGAGCUAAAAUGGAAGAGCAAGCUCGUUGCUCUGGCACCAUCACCACGGAACUUCAGGCAGAACAGCUUGCUUCUGUUUAUUUUAUAAAUCUGCACAAGAUAUUUGCAAAAAAACACACAUAGGUUUAAAACCACUGUUUCACUCAAUGUCCAGUAAUAAGAAAGGGCUUUUUAAAAAAUAAUGAAUCUCAGAUGUAUGAGAGAAAAAUGUGUUGCCCUCUGAACAUAUUUAAAAGUUUGAUUUGUAGGCUGGGCGUGGUGGCGCAUGCCUUUAA